AUGGCGGACGAACAAGACAUGGUGACGCCGGCCCCGCCUUCGAAGGACACCCCCGAAAACAGGGCCGCCGUGGACUCGGCCGCUGAGGAUAACACCGACCCCAGUAAGACGCAUAUCAACAUCGUCGAGCAUGCCCGCUCAGCUGCCCACAAGGAGCGUACCAUGACCCUACGCCAGGGCAUCAAGCUCUAUCCCAAGGCCAUCUUCUGGAGUAUCCUCAUCUCCACCUGUAUUGUAAUGGAGGGCUAUGACAUCUCUCUCGUCAAUAACUUUUAUGCCUUCCCGCAGUUCAACCAGAAGUAUGGCGUCCUUGGUGAUGAUGGAGAAUACCAGGUACCAGCUGCGUGGCAAGCUGGUCUGAGUAACGGAGCCCAUUGUGGUGAGAUCAUUGGUCUUUUCAUCAACGGUUGGAUCUCUGAACGAUUUGGUUAUCGCUACACUGUCAUGGCCUGUCUUGUCUGUGUAGCUGGCUUCACAACCAUCUUCUUUACCGCCCAGAACGUUCAGACCCUGCUUGUUGCAGAGAUACUGUGUGGUAUCCCGUGGGGUAUCUUCCAAACAUUGACCAUUACCUAUGCAUCUGAGGUUUGUCCAGUUGCUCUGCGUGGGUACUUGACGACGUAUGUCAACUUCUGCUGGGGCCUUGGCCAGGAGAUUGGCAUAGGCGUCAUUCACGCCAUGCUCAAGCGCGACGAUGAAUGGGCGUACCGCAUUCCAUAUGCUCUCCAGUGGAUGUGGCCCUUGCCGCUCCUCAUUGGCAUCUUUUUUGCGCCCGAAUCGCCUUGGUGGCUGGUCCGAAGAGGUCGUACCCAGGAUGCUAAGGAGGCAUUGCUUCGCUUGACCAGUCUCGACCGCGAGACUGACUUUGACGCCGACGAAACUAUCGCCAUGAUGGUACAUACAACUGCCCUUGAAGAAAAGAUCACAUCUGGUGCAAGCUACUGGGACUGCUUUAAGGGCACCGACCUUCGCCGUACCGAGAUCGUAUGCAUGAUCUGGGCCAUUCAAAACCUGAGCGGCAAUUCAUUCUCCAACUAUUCCACCUACUUCCUCGAACAGGCUGGACUAUCGGCCGACAAGGCAUAUUCAUUUGCCCUGGGCCAGUACGGUAUCAAUAUGGCCGGAGUUUUUGGUGCUUGGGGUCUUAUGACUUUGGGUAUUGGCAGACGAUCCUUAGUUCUCUAUGGUCUCUGCGGUCUUUGUUCCAUGUUGCUUAUCAUGGGUUUCCUUGGUCUAGUGCCCGAGGCUCAUCGAAGCCAAUCAUCGCUAGCUACAGGGUGUAUGAUGAUUGUAUGGGCCCUGUUCUACCAGUUGACCAUUGGAACUGUAUGCUAUUCUCUCGUGGGAGAAUUGUCAUCCCGGCGUUUGCAGAUCAAGACAGUUGUUCUUGGCCGUAACCUCUACAACGUCGUGGGCAUUAUCAACAGCGUUUUGACUCCUUAUAUGCUCAACCCCACAGCCUGGGACUGGGGUAAUUAUGCGGGAUUCUUCUGGGGCGGUAUUUGCUUCUUGUGCAUCAUCUACACCUUCUUCCGCCUACCAGAGCCAAGCGGGCGCACAUUUGCGGAGCUCGACGUGCUUUUUGAGCGAGGUAUUAGUGCAAGGAAGUUCGCGUCCACUGAGGUGGAUGUAUUCCAUGAGACCGUGGAGGAGAAUGUCAUGAACCGGUACGAAGAACUCGCAGACACACCCUCCGAGAAGGUCCACGACAAAGCAUAG